AUCUUCUUUCUUACAAGUUUUGUGCUAAGGUGGAGUCUUGAAGCUUUGCAGUAUUUUAGGUGAUCAAUUAGUUGAUUACCCUGCAGUAUUUAGGUGAUCAAUUAUAGUCUUUGAUGAAUAAUACUGUUCAUCAUCCUUCACCUCACCAACAAAUUAUGCUCUUUUCAAAGUCUUAUUAAAGGCCCCAUAUCAGACAUCAAGUCCUCACUCUUUUCUGCUAUAUUCCAGCCUUGAUCAUCAUAAAGAACUAGAAGUGGAGCAAAGAAGAGAAAGCUGUGUAGCUUUGUACAUGGGGAAGAUGAACUUCCUUCUCUCAAUCUCCUUUGUGGUUCGAUUCGGUGUGAAAAAACCAUGGAGAAGCCCAAACCUAAGCUUGUCAGCAUAAGCUCAACAGAAAAAGAAAAGGUACAAAGUUUUGAGACUACUUCUGAAAUUUUUUCUGCUUCAUCACACCAGUCAUCAAUGGUAAGCACUGUUCUUUAUCACCACCGUCCACACCGCCUCCUUCUCGAUCCAGGCCAGAAUGCCAAUGAAAGCAGAUCACAUAAUGGACCUUUCUCCAAUGAAGCAAAUUUCGACACCAACAUGGUGAUCAUCCUAGCAGCUCUUCUUUGUGCCCUGAUAUGUGCAUUAGGUCUAAACUCAAUAGUGAGGUGUGCCCUCAGAUGCAGCAGGAGGCUUUCUUUUGAGACCCUAGAUGAGACUGCAGCAAGGUUAGCAGGCACAGGGCUUAAGAGGAGCACAUUGAGGCAGAUACCCAUUGUGGCAUAUGGAACUGGGGUGCUUAACAUUCCUAAUGCCACUGACUGCCCAAUUUGCCUUGGGGAAUUUUCAGACGGGCAGAAAGUUAGGGUUUUGCCAAAUUGUAACCAUGGUUUCCAUGUGAGGUGCAUAGACACUUGGCUCUUUUCACAUUCUUCUUGCCCAACUUGCAGGCAGUCAUUGCUGCUGGAAGCACAACCACAAGGUUCAGAUUCUCCUUCAGGACAGAAUGAUGUGGUUGUUGCUGUUGCUGGUGAUGAGGCUGGUUGA